UUGACCCUGACCCGAUUUUCUAUGUGUUUUGUGGUUCUUUCAGCUAUCUCUGUUCUUUCUUCUUCUUUCAGUGUUUUUGGUAGACUCAGUGUUUGUUUGAUUUUUCCUUUACUGCUUAUUUCUCUUGAAGUCGCUACAUAAGAUCUGCUUCUGCUUUUCUUCCGCUACAUCAGGAAAUGUGUACGACUGCUAAGUGUAGAAACUCUCUUGCUUUCUUGUUCAAUCAUUUUCUUAACGAUCCUCAUUAUUAUCAUGUAAGGGUUUCGUUCCAUGCUCAAAAUUGCUAUUAUUAUCGUAGUUUUAGUGCUACUUCUCCUAACACUACCAACAGCGUUAGAGAUAAUGUGGAAAGCCCCAAUCAGUUCUUGAAAUCUGUGAGAGAUCAAUGCAUAUCUGGAAGCUUAAGGAAUCUUGGUGAUGCCUUAUGCCUGUUUGAUAGAGUGCUUCAUAUGCACCCUUUGCCUUCCAUUGUGGUUUUCAAUCGACUGCUGAGUGCGAUUGCAAGAAUGAAGAAUCACUCAACUGUGAUUUCUCUGAUUAAAGAAAUGGAACUGUUAGGAAUUGCUCCCGAUGCCUGUACUCUAGGUGUUUUGAUUAAUUGCUUCUGCCAUUUGAACCGGGUGGAUGUCGGCUUCUCUAUCUUAGCAAGAAUUACGAAACUCGGUUUUCAACCGCACUAUAUAAUUCUAAACACUCUUGUUGGGGGGCUAUGUCUUCAGGGUAAAAUUGCUGAAGCUUCAAAGUUCGUUAACGAAAUGGAGAAGAACGGGUACAAACCUAAUACAGUUACCUAUGGCAUUCUGAUUAAUUGCUUUUGCCAUUUGAGUCAGGUGGAUGUCGGCUUUUCUAUUUUAGCAAGAAUUUUGAAACUUGGUUUUCAACCGCACCAUAUAAUUCUAAACACUCUUGUAGGGGGGCUAUGUCUUCAGGGUAAAAUUGAUGAAGCUUCAAGAUUCGUUAACGAAAUGGAGAAGAAUGGCUACAAACCUAAUACAGUUACCUAUGGAACGAUAAUAAACGGUUUAUGUAAAACAGGUGAGACCAAUGUGGCUAUUGGGUUGCUUAGAAAGAUGGAAGAAGGAAAUCUUGAACUUAAUGUAGUGAUGUAUAACACAAUUAUUGAUAGUUUAUGUAAGGACAGAUUGGUAACUGAGGCUUCGAACUUUUUCUUGGAAAUGACAAUUAAAGGAAUUCAGCCAGACCUUUUUACUUACAAAUCUGUAAUUCAGGGUCUAUGCAAUUCCAAACAGUGGAAGGAGGCAAUUAAACUAUUGAAUGAGAUGGUGGAAAGGAAAGUCAUGCCAGAUGUGCGCACAUUCAACAUAUUGGUGGGCACACUUGGUAAAGAGGGAAUGUUGACAAAAGCAAAAGAAGUUUUGGAUGUGAUGAUUCGGAGGGGCUUAGAGCCUGAUAUAAUCACUUAUAAUUCUUUGAUUGACGGUUACUGUUUACAAAAUAGAAUGGAUGAGGCUGUCAAAACAUUUAAUACGAUGGUUGAGAAGGGUUGUUCACCUUCUAUUGUUAAUUAUAACAAAUUGAUCAAGGGAUAUUGUAAAAAUAGAAGAAUUGACGAGGCAAUGAAUCUCUUCUGUGAAAUGCUUGACAACGGAAUAAUUCCUGCUGUUGUCACUUACAACACUCUUAUACUCGGUUUUUGCCUAGUUGGGAGACAUAAGAUUGCAUUAGGGCUACUCCAUGAGAUGCAAGUUUGCGGCCAACAUCCCGUUCUCAAAACUUAUGCUGUUUUGUUAGAUGGCUUGUGUAAGAAUCUACACUUUCCAGAGGCAAUGGCAUUGUUUCAAGAGAUGGAAGACAGAAAGUUAGACCUUAAUAUUGUGAUUUAUAGCAUCUUGAUUGAUGGUAUGUGUAAUGUUGGGCAACUUACGACUGCAAAAGAACUCUUUAAUACUCUUCCUACCAAAGGUUUGCAACCUAAUGUUCAAACUUAUACUAUAAUGAUCAAAGGGCUUUGCAAAGAGGGACUACUAAAUGAAGCCAAAGAAUUAUUUGAGAAAAUGGACGAGAACAAUUGUUCACCUGACCAUGUCACAUAUAACACAGUGAUCCAAGGCUUCUUGCAACAUAAUGAAACAUCAUGGGCAGUGAAAUAUCUCAAGAUGAUGGUUGACAAGGGUUUCUCGGCAGAUGCGACCACGACAACAAUUAUAAUGGACUUGUUGUCUUCUAAUCAGCCAGAUAAGACAUUACAAGAAUUUUUUUCAGAAGCCUAUGUGAAAGCUUUCUAAUUCUUCAACGUGCAGGACAAAUUUCAUCUUCUAACCCUUACUGAGUCAAUCUGUAAGGAAUAAAACUGUAUUUGCUGCAAGUCAUUAAGGUCACUCUCUCAUAUGAUGCAAGUUUUAAGUGUUGAAAUGAGUUGGGGUGGAGCCACAUCAACGUUAAUCAUGCCCUAUAGACAAAGUUAGUCUAUCUCACAGUUGAGUCGUCAAGGCUUGAACAAUUUUUCUUGAAGUAGCUUCCUUUACUUUAAUGUAGUCAG